AUGCCAUCUCCAUCGCCCCAGAAAUUAGGGCGAGGUGCGAAAGCGCGCAUCUGUAUCCAUUGCGGCCGGGCCUUUCGUCGUACAGAGCAUUUGGAGCGCCAUGUGCGAACCCAUACCAAGGAGAAACCGUUCAUCUGCGUCUGUGGGGCGGCCUUUACUAGACGCGAUCUUUUGAAGCGUCAUACGCGCAUUUCCCACCAGGAUGGGCUCGCCUCCCCCGAUCUGCAACCGGCUUCAAUGGUGCAGCCUGCUCUCCAAGCGGCCCCUCGCUCGGUACCUGCAGCCAUCCCACCGCAGUAUGAUGCAUCGGCCCGUUCCGUAGCGGCAAUACCGGGGCCAUCUGCUGUACAUCAGUGGACUGGAGCGCAAACUGAACACGCAUCGUACUUAGCACAGAACCAGACCGAUAGUAUCAUGGCUGCAGGAGCCCCUAAUCCCAAUCCAAUCCAGGGGGAGCAUCCGGCGAUGCAUGAUCCUGCUAUGCUUCAGGCUGCGCAAUUGCUCAUCCCAGGCGAUUAUCAAGCAACUUCAAUGCCCUAUUUGCCUGAAGAUCUGAACCACUUCCAAGAAUUUACACACUUCUUAGACUCAAUCGGGUUGCCAGCGGAGUGGCUCCCAAGCGAUGGAGAAACAAAUCAGAUGCAGCCCGAUCUCAGUCUUGAAGAGGUCCAGAAGCCUGCGCAAUCAUCACAAGAGCAAUCAAGGCCUCGGCGUAGCUUGAGGGAAGAGACGCGAGGAGACUCUCCCUUCCGAUCGUGGCUACCAUCCGUCCCAAGGGGUGAUCAGAGCCUAUGCACUCUUUCUGACUCGGAACCGCCGCAGGCUACCAAGUCUUCCCGAUUCAAUGUGUCGGAGGACCAACGCUUCCGACUUGCAGCAGCUCUCGAAGACUUUCGCAAUGUUAUCCCAGAUUUUACUCUUCCAUCCCGCCAUACCUUGACCCGAUAUCUCACAUCCUACUUUGAAGGCUUUCACCCACACAUUCCAUUCAUACAUAUCCCAACAUUUCGCUUCAAUGAAUGUUCUCCAGAACUUAUUUUGGCAAUAAUGACAAUUGGUGCUCAGUAUCGAUUCGAGCAUCGAAACGCCGAAAGAAUUUUUCAUGUUUCAAAAGCUGUUCUAUACGAGAGAAUGUCCAGGGAGUCUCGCAUGGCAGGCUAUUCGGCACCCCUAGGUGUCUCUCAAUAUUCCGAUGACAAUCAAGCUUCAGGCGGAGCAGUGAUUAGUACCUCAAGGCAAAUGGAAGUGAUUCGUUGCCUCCUUGUACUCAUGAGUUACGCCACCUGGGAGCGAGCUGGACUCGUCCAGGAGGCCUUCCAGCUCCAGUCUCAACUAGUUCAGCACAUCCGUGACGCCGGGCUAACAGAGCCAUAUAUCGACCCCCGCGUUACACAAGACUGGUAUGAAUGGGCAGAUCAAGAGUCUGUGCGGCGCACAAAACUCAUCUCGUUUUGCUUCAUCCAUAUACACAGCGUUGCAUAUAAUAUCUACCCAUCACUUCGGAGCAGCGAAAUACACAUGCGUCUACCUUGUUCAUCAAAGGAAUGGACGGCAAAUACUGCUGCCGAAUGGGAGGCCGCUCAACGAGACCGUGGGCCUCAGCAACUAUUUUUCCAGGAUGCCUUGACUCUUUUGCUACAGAAGUCACGGUCAGCUGUGCCGUUGGAACCAAUUCCAGCUCCACUGGGUAACUAUAUGCUUCUUCAUGGCCUACUACAGCGAAUCCACAUCGUCAGCGAACUCUCACUACCAAACGGAAACCAUAUAACCAGUCUGCCGACGGAGGAAUUGAAUAAAAUCGAACGAGCCCUUCGCUCCUGGACCUCUGUCUGGCAACAAGCGCCGGAAUCAAGCCUCGACCCCCACAACGUCAACGGUCCAAUCCCAUUCACGUCAAGCUCCCUCCUCGGACUCGCCUACGUACGCCUAUCGCUGAAUCUUGGACCAUAUCGCCGUCUCGAAACUCGUGAGCCGGCAAUCAUAGCCUCUGCGCUGUGUCGCUCUCCGAAACCGGAGCGAAGCUACCGCCUCAUCCCGGCUCUCAUUUACUCUGCUCAUGCACUCAGUAUUCCCGUUCGUCUUGGCAUCGACCAUAUUGCUCGGAGUCAAGCUUUCUUCUGGAGCGUGAGGCAUUCGCUGGCAAGUCUUGAAUGUGCUGUGCUGCUUAGCAAGUGGCUUUUCACGCUUGCGGAGGCGGCGCCAGAUCAGGCGCUAAGUGAAAAUGAAAGUCGUAUCCUCCGUUGGACGCAAUGCAUUGUCGAAGAAGCGUACUCCUCAAUCGACCUGGAGGACGAAUCUGAAGUACCGCCAAAUCUUGAGCCUGCGGCAUUGGGAAUGGCUGUUCUCAGGUUGUGGGCAAGAUUGUUCAAGCGGAAUACCCAGUGGCCUUUCAUUAACGUCCUUGGACAAAGUUUGGAGCAUUACAUGUCCAUGCUUUAA